AAAAUAAUAUCUAAAACGGUAUUUAGAGAAGAAGCAAGGGUAUAUGAAGAAAUAAGUUUAGAAGAACAGCUUCGGAAGAAAUUGACCAUAGAAGGUUAUAUUUUCCGGAGCAGAAGCAAAAAGCUAAUUCCAAACGAAUUUCAGGAGCUUGAUAGUGAAGCACAUGAAUUGAUUAAACGAGCAUGGAACAAAAGCUUGCCAUUAGAUGAAAAAUUUUGCGAUGAAAUAAUGCGUAAGGAUCUUUUAACCUUAAGAGGAUUGGAGUGGUUGAAUGACGAAGUUAUAAAUUUCUAUAUGAAAUUAAUUUGCAAGCGCGCGGCUGAUAAUUGUUCUUAUCCUAAGGUUUAUGCAUUUACAACAUUUUUUUAUCCAACUCUGCUAGCUAAAGGAUAUCAAUCCGUCAAACGUUGGACACGUAAAGUGGACAUCUUUAGCUUCGACAUUAUCCUUGUCCCUAUACAUCUUAGUGCACACUGGUGCCUUGCGGUAAUCGAUUUUUCCAACAAGUUUAUCGAAUACUAUGAUUCGAUGUUGCAUAGAAAUGAUUUAUGUUUAGAAACACUCAGUGACUGUGGAGUUUUUGUGUGCAAAUUUGCUGAAUUUAUUUCACGUCGUGCGGAUAUAAUUUUUACUCAAGAACAUAUGCCUUAUUAUCGACAACGGAUGGUUUAUGAAAUAUGUCGGCAAAAACUUUUGUAA